UGACUUUGUUAAACAUGUGUUCUAAAAGGCGGCCGCCUAGCCGUAUAGUCGGCCGAGUAGUCGCUCCACGUCAAUGAACCGACUCGAUUAAGACCAAUUCGGUCACAUUAAUCGGACCACAUAUAGUCGGCCGCCUAACUGAUUUAAUCGGUUCAAAACCGAUUUCUCAGCGAGUAAUUGGCCGUAUUUUUGAACUUUUUGACAAGAUGUUGGGCUUGAUACGAAGCCCAUCUUGCAAACUAACUAUUUUGCUUCUACGUUUAUUUAUUGGUGAUGUUAGAUGUUACUUUUGUUAUUAUUAGACGAUGUGGGAUGUUAGAAUUUCAAGUUUUUUACUUUUUGUAUUUUAUUUAGUCGUAAAUUUUAUUGGGCCUAGACUGGAUCAAACUUGGAAUGAAUUUUUUUAACAUUUUCACAGAUUUUAUCGACUUAAGUCAGUAGAACAAACAUUAAAAAUAAAUUAUGAGAUGGUGGUUUCUAAUUUAUAUGUAUAAAAUGUAGUAUUAUACGUAUAAAAUACAAAAAAUUCCUCCCCGCGUACUCUCCGAUUUUUUCCUGCUUUUUCAAUAAAUCGCUAGGCCCACAUGUGCCGCAUGCGUAGCGCCUAGCGAGUUUCCGAACAAGGGUUUCAACCAUUUGAUCCUUUUUUUCUUCUUUUUUGUUUUGUUUUGUGUAGAUUACUUCUUCCUGGAAAAUAAUCGAGUUUAACAGUCAGUGAACAAUCAAGUGGGUUUAACGACAUGAUGCUUAUCCGUCAAGCCAUAUUUUUCUGUCUCUUAGCAACCUUUCUACAUCCCACAACCUCCAGUGGUCUGUUCCGUGUCGGUCUGAAGAAAAGACGGCUCGAGCUCGAUGAAAUAAGAACCGGCAGAGUGAUCAGAAAGCUGAAACAUUCACAAGGAGGACUCACAUAUUACCCUACUCUUGGAGGUGAUUCUAGUCAAGAAAAUCAAGUUAUUCUUAAGAACUACCUAGACGCUCAAUACUAUGGAGUUAUUGGAAUCAGAACACCUUCACAAGAAUUCGAAGUUAUAUUCGAUACCGGAAGUUCCAACCUCUGGGUUCCAUCUAUACAUUGCAAAUUUCUAGACCUGGCUUGCUGGGUCCAUCACAAGUACAAGUCUAGCAAAUCCAAAACAUACACAAAGAACGGAAAGCCGUGUACUAUAACAUAUGGUUCGGGAUCCAUCUCUGGAUUCUUUAGGCAAGACAAUGUGAAAGUUGGUGGUCUUGUCGUUAAAGAUCAGGAGUUUAUCGAAGCUACACAUGAAGGGAGUCUCUCUUUUCUCCUAGCAAAGUUCGAUGGACUCUUCGGGUUAGGGUUUCAGGAGAUUUCAGAGGGAAAUGCUGUGCCAGUUUGGGACAACAUGGUGGGUCAAGAACUAGUGAAGGAGAAAGUUUUCUCAUUCUGGCUAAACCGUGAUGCGGAUGCUGAAACAGGAGGUGAGAUUGUGUUUGGUGGUGUUGAUCCUGCGCACUUUAAAGGCAACCACACUUAUGUCCCUGUCACUAGAAAAGGCUAUUGGCAGUUUAACAUGGGAGAUAUCUUUGUCGGAGAUAACUCAACUGGUUUCUGCGAGCAAGGAUGUGAUGCAAUCAUGGACUCAGGAACUUCAUUACUAGCUGGACCAACUACGGUAAUCACGCAAAUCAACCAUGGCAUUGGUGCUACGGGAGUUGUUAGUGCGGAGUGUAAAAUAGUGGUUUCUCAAUAUGGAGAGAUGAUAUGGGAUCUGUUAGUCUCAAAGGUACUACCUAGUCUUGUGUGUAAAGAGAUCGGUCUCUUUGUUUUUGGAAAACAGACGGGAGUCAAAUCGGUGGUUGAGCAAGAAGGAUCAUCAGUUUUAUGUAAGGUCUGUGAGAUGGCUGUUGUCUGGGUUGAAACACGACUGAAACAGAAAGAAACCAAAGAGAAAGUGUUUGAAGACCUGAACAAGCUUUGUGAGAGCUUUCCUAGUCCCGCAGGAGAGUCAAUCAUCGACUGCAACAACAUCCAAAACAUGCCAAAUGUUACAUUCACAAUUGGAGGCAACCCCUUCUCUCUCACCCCUCAACAGUACAUUCUCAAAACUGGAGUAGGCUAUGCUGAGACGUGCAUAAGUGGGUUUUCAGCUUACGAUUUGCCUCCACCGACUGGUCCUCUUUGGAUUCUUGGGGAUGUCUUUAUGGGAGCUUACCACACGGUAUUCGAUUCAGGCAAUCUUCAAAUUGGUAUUGCAAAAAACGCAUAAGUUUAUGUACACCAGUUUAUCUACGUAAGUUCGUUGUGUUUUAUUAAUGACUCAUGUACCAUACUACCAUUUACUCCAUGUAUUGUCUCUACUAGAACUUCAAACAUAUUCUAGAUUCUACUGUAUCACUCUUUAGAUGUAAGAGCAUCAUUAUCCGGGAUUUUUUUAGAUAGAGGUUUUUAGGAAAAUAUAAGAAACUGUUUUUUGAUUUUUAA